UGGGAUGGACUCGACGAGAUUAGAUUUGUGUGGUUUUAUCGGAUUCUGAUUUGAUUCUAUUCCAGAGAUCUCGUUCUCAGACCGCUAAUAGCAUGGUAGAUGAAGUAAAGAAUAUUGUGAAGACCUUGUGGACCAUUGCAUGAAUCAAGUAGUGUAGAAGUAAAGCUUUGUUCUGGAAGGCCUUUAUCCUAGAGCACAUCCUGAUGAUGGAAUGAUUUUCCUGCUGUUGAGGUUCUCUUAUUGUUGCCAUGCAAGGGCAGAGCCUUUUGUAUCCUAGGUCAUCUUUCAAGUAUUCAAAAAUCCCAGAUGGACAACUUGAUCAUGGUGCUGUAUGUGUAGUUCCCAGCUUGCUUCAUGGGAGGACACAUUUUGGAGGUUGUCUAGUAAGGUCAAAAAUACCUUCUAUCAUGAAGAGUAUGAAUCUAGACACUCACAAAACAAAUAGCACCUUUCAACCUGCAGACUUCAAAGGUGUGCCAGAUGAAAAUGAAGGAGAGGUAUCUGAUGAAGACGAUGAGCUUUGCCCUGUGGAAUGUGUGAGAGAAUUUAAGACCGACGAAGAAUUCUUCAAAUUUCUGGAGAAGGGCAAGGAAACUGGUUCUUUAGUUGUGGUAGAUUUUUAUCGCACUGCCUGUGGAAGCUGCAAGUAUAUAGAGCAGGGUUUUUCAAAACUGUGCAAAGGAUCUGGUGUUCAUGAAGCUCCAAUUAUCUUCUUAAAGCAUAAUGUUAUUGAUGAGUAUGAUGAGCAGUCAGAGGUGGCUGAACGGCUAAGGAUCAAGGUUGUGCCCCUCUUCCACUUCUACCAGAAUGGUGUGUUACUGGAGGCAUUCCCGACCAGAGACAAGGAAAGGAUUGUAGCUGCUAUUCUUAAAUACACAUCUCUUGGUCUUCAAGACUUUUAGACCAAUCGGUGUUCUUGGUAUACAAUGAGAACACGCAGGUUAGGGACCUGAAGUGCAGGCCAGCACUGAUUUAAAUGCUUGGUUAUGCUGGACUCAAAAACUUACUUCCUCGUUGCAGUAAUACAUUUACCAUUGCUUUUACUCUGCAUUCUAUGAACUACGAUUUGUCUGUCUCAUAUUAUGAGUUCAUGUUGAACAAGAUACAGUUGGGAUGUACUGUGUAAAGAUCUGAACCAAGGGGUUAUUA